GUUAUACUAUUAAAAUAUAUAUAUACAUAGAUAGUAUUAUACCGAAAACGAAAUAAAAUAACAAUAACAAGAACUGCGACAAUAUAUUGAUUCAGUCAUGCUUAUUCUUCGGCAUAAUACAUUAACAGCGGAUGAAUUAUUUCAUAUUGAAAGAAAACUAUUAAAGGCCAAACAACAACAAGAAGAAGAACCAACAACGUUAGCUUUCAACUUGUAUGAUAAAUCUCGAGCAGAUAUUUAUGGAAUACUUUUAUCUUGUUUUCAAAAGAUGGAUGUAAUAGAUCGACUUGGUUGGACAUCUUCUACAUUGUUGGACUUUUUAAUAGAUGUUGAUCAAGGAUAUCUUCCAAAUGCUUAUCACUCUUUCCAUCAUGCAGUAGAUGUCACAUUGGUAUUAUAUUAUAUGUUAAGAGAAUAUGAUAUUGCUGGUCAUUUAUCUCCUGUUGAUAUUGCAUUAUUAUUCGUUGCUGGUCUAUGUCACGAUAUUGGUCAUCCUGGAUUAAAUAAUAAUUAUCAAGUGAAUAUGAAAACAGAUUUAGCUUGUAGAUACAACAAUCGAUCUGUUUUAGAAAGUUAUUCAUGCUCAAUUACAAUGGAACUGAUGGAUAAACAUCAAUUAUUAUCCUCUUUGGAGACAUAUAGCUAUCAAUUAGGUGAUGGUAUUACUGAAGAAGAAGCAAGGUUACAUUUAAUCAAAAUGAUUCUCGCUACUGAUAUGAUGUUUCAUUAUGAACUUCAAGAAAAUAUGGCAGCCAUUUUGGAUUUAUUUCAAUCGGAUGAUGAUAUUCGUGUACUCAAAUCUGGUCAAAAAAUAAAAACAUCGGCAACAGCAACAGCAACGACAAAAACAAAAACUGGAACUACAUCUCAUGAAUCUGAAGAUGAUACUGUUACAAUUCAUAUUGAACAAGAAGGACUUGAUGAUGAUGAUGAUGGAUCGGCAACCGUUGUUAUCCCUAAACUUCGAGAUAUUUUUGCAACACUUGGUGACAAUAGUCCAUUAUUAUUUUUUCAGCGUUCAUUCAAUGACAAGAAAAAUAAUCAAUCCAAAUCGUCCAAUCAUUCAAUGAAUAACAAGGCAUCAAAUACAUCCACUGAUACUACUCCUCCAUCGUCGUCACCAACUCCAUCUUUAGAUAACAUGAAAGUGAUACAUUCCAUUGAUAACAACCCAACAGCUGAGAUCCAGAACGAGGAUCAUUCUAACGUGCCUACAACCAGUACCAUGGAUUCGGAGGGAGGCAUCUGUCUAGGCCGCGAACAUCGUCUCAUACUUUCUCAAGCCAUUCUUCAUGCUGCCGAUAUAAGCAACCCACUACGUCCUUGGCCCAUCUGUUAUCAUUGGUCACAACGCGUAUGUACGGAAUUUUUUCAUCAGGGUGAUAUGGAACGAGAAAAUCAUUUACCAUUGAGUCCUAAUAUGGAUCGACGUAAAACAAAUCAGCUCGCUGUGGGUCUUCAAUUCAGUGAUUUCGUCGUCAGUCCUUACUUUGAAAUCUUUGCUGCCCUUUUUCCAAAAGCAGAUGACUUGGUUGUCUUGUUGAAAAAAAAUCGACUUCGAUGGCUUGAAACAAUCCAAGAUGAAAACAGGAAACGAAUGGAAUGGAAACGUCACCCCACUGCUAUUGAAAACAUAAGCAAGGAGAAUGAUAUGGUGAAUUAUGAUCAUGAUGAUAAAAGUACCAAAACAUUCGAUCAAAAGGGUGACGAAAAUGAUUAUGAUGAAGAUGAAUUUGAUGAUUAUGAUCAUCUUUCUUCUCCUUUGGUCCCUGAGGGUGUCAUCAAUCCUGCUGGACGUCGUGUCAGUGUAGCAGCUGGUAUGGCAGUGAUUCCAAACGAUUUAGAAAAACGAGUCAUUGGAUCAGGACCUAGGCGUCGUGUUUAUUGGGGUGUCCGUAGUGCCAGCUAUGCAGAUGCCCUUCAUCAUUUAAAGACUCAGGAACAACGUGUUUACCAUCAUCGUGGGCCAUCACAACGAUCUGCUUCUUUAGCUGGUGGUUAUCUUUAUGGUUAUCAUGAUACCAUGAGAAGGCGGAGCAGUGAACAGCCAUCUUUACAUUAAAACACACCACUUUCGACUUUUUUUUUUUUUGUAGCUCAAUAUCUGUAGAUAGAACUUUUUCUUCCCUCAUCAUACUCACAAUUUCUUUUUUUUUUUAUUUUUUUUUAUUUAUUUAUUUACUUUUCUGUAAUAAACGUUC